CUUCAAUCAUUAUAAUCUCCAAAUCACAUAAAUUCAUAAUGUUCAAGCGAACUCUCCUCAGACAAGCUCAGGCCUCCCGGGCUCUGUUCUCUGUCCGUUCCGCUUCCACAGCGCCUCUGGCCAUCCGUCAGCCAUCACAGUUCCAACCACAGCUCCUCCGUCCCUUUGCUCGCAUUCCUAGCGCUCGAUGCUACUCUACAGAGAACAAGACAGAGACUCAAACAGAGAACGGUGAAAAGGAACAAAAGGACAAUGGCAACGAAUCCACAGGGACAGCCGACGAACAAUGCCAGAAAGAGCUGGAAGAGAAGAAGAAAGAGGUUAUUGAGCUCAAGGACAAAUAUGUCCGGUCUGUUGCAGACUUCCUGAACCUCCAGGAACGCACUAAGCGGGACAUGGAGAACGCCCGCAACUUCGCCAUUCAACGAUUUGCCGUCGACCUCCUUGAGAGUAUCGACAAUUUUGAUCGUGCUCUUCUAGCUGUCCCAAAGGAGAAGCUUAAUGCUCCGAAGACCGAGGAGAACAAGGACCUCUUGGAUCUCGUCGAUGGUCUGAAGAUGACCCAGAACAUCCUUUUGAACACUCUGCAGAAGCACGGCCUGGAACGAUUUGACCCCGGAGAGCCUGGCGAGGACGGAAAACCCCAGAAGUUCGACCCCAAGAUCCACGAAGCUACCUUCAUGACCAAGGUCGAGGGCAAGGAGAAUGGCGAGAUCAUGUACACCCAGAGCAAGGGUUUCACACUGAACGGCCGUGUCCUGAGGGCUGCCAAGGUUGGAGUUGUGAAGAAUGACUAA